GUUCUGGAGGUUUGUUUACAUCUGCAGUAAAACGCUUUGGUCCACAGUCUUAUACACAUAUACACGUAUAUAUCUAUGGACAGUCUGGUUUGAUUUAGAGUUGUCACACUUUCACCAUACAUCGUGCUGUUUGUUCAGAAGUUUAACAGGAUGAAGCAUGAGUUUAGCGGCUUCAGUGAACUUUGUUCCUCCGCACGGACACGUGAUCUGCAGCGAGAGAUGGAGGAAUUCUUCCCUCAUUCAGGGACUGAGAGGUGGAGGCGUGAAAAUCGUCUAUGAGAACCAACUGGGAGUUGCUGAUUUCCACCUUCCCAACAAAAGCAGCAUCCUGUACUUGUCUGAGAGUGAUAUCGUAGCAGGAAGCAGCUACAAGAGGAAGCUGGUGCGCUACCGAAAUGCCGGCAGCAGUUUCCAGGAGGCCGUGUUGGUGGAGAGGACUGGACUCAGCGAGCAGUACUUCUCUGGCGUGCAGAAGUUCGUGGUGUUUGAUCUGGGUCUGUCUCUGCUGCCCGUCGGCGGGCAGACGGAGGCCUCGCAGCUCAUUACUCAGAUGGUUAACGGGGAGACCAGGGAGAACCCUUUCAGAAGACGGAGCUCUUGUCGGCUCCUGGACCCGCUGGUCCUGGCCCUGGUCCAGCAGAUCCCCGGAGUGGGCCGGGUCAAAGCUUUGGCGCUGCUGCAGAGCUUCCCCAGCAUCCAGCAGCUCUGCGCUGCGUCUCCUGCAGAGCUGGAGCGCGUCGUGGGCCAGGCCGGCGCUCAGCAGAUUCACAGCUUCUUCCACUGAUGUUCUGCUGCUGGAGCCUUUACGCAGCCUGGACCAGCACCGCAACACUGGAAACACUCAGUUGGAAUAAUACGGAGUAAAUACAACUACCUGGCUGUGCGAUUUCAUGUUUAAAACUUUAAAACAAUGAUAUUUGUCUACUGUAACUCUCUGGGCAGUGACAUAACGUGAUGUAGGUUUGUGAAACGGAUGACUGGCCGAAAAUCUGGAAAAAGGACAAACAACACCUCGUAAAGUCGAUGUAUAUUUCAUUUACAAGACCAUAAACCUCAGUGAUUGUGGACAGUGACACCUCAUGAUGCUUUAGCCUGUGGAAACCACGACUACCUGAAAGUUUUACUACAUCUCACACAGCUUCAUCACAGAACCUGCAGUCCUGGUUCUGGUGGAGAAUUUCCUGCGUCUCUUUCAGAGACAGACCAGCACGUGAAAUGGUUCAGGACGCUCAGACGACUACAUAAAAACGUACGCCUUUCGGUUCAUAUUUUUCAUUUGUGAACUCAUCAUAGGGCUGGGCGAUUUUGGACAAAAAUAAAAUCCCGAUUUUUUUUU